CCCAUGGAACACUCCGCCCGUGCUACCUCUCGAUACUGAAGCUGUACGCGUCCUUUCUUUGCGCCCGUCUCCAAUGGGCCACAACAAUGCUGUAUAGUUAUUAGAAUGGACGUUUCUCGCAAUGUAGCCAAGACCGUGGCCUCGCGGUCUGCGAACUGGACCACCAGAAUAAUUGGGACUACUGCGACAUCUUCCUCUACUUUUUCUCAUUCAGCACCACUUUUUAAUAAUAGGGGGAUUAUCACUCUACCCAGCAAUGUUCGACAUGGCAGACAUAGUUUAAUAUCUUCGAAUACUGGCUACACGUUCAUAAACAAGACGUUUUGUAGCAGGGGGCUGCAGACCAUUUCAAGCCCCAAAGCCACAUCUCAGAGCACCCAAUUGGCACAGGAAGGAGGAAACCUUGAAGCUUCAGCUGUCAGCGUAGACAAUGCGUUGCCAUUCCCGAAAGUCCCGCAACCUCCGAAACUACCAAUCCGUGAGCGACUUCGCCGCUGGGAAGCCGAAAACAUUUCUGAAGUCCCUGUCUUGAACGUGUCCUUUGACCAGGAUCAUGCCAAACAUGGGGAAGUUACCAACCUAUACACUCGGCCGGUCGAAGGGGAUCAGAUCCGGGAGGUUGAUGAUGGACAGCAGCUUGAAGAUCCACCUCUGCCUUUGUUCGAGGGAGGUGAUUUGGUGGGAUUUGGGAGUGAGCGAUCGUUCUUGCUACGAGGAGACCUUGUAGAGCUACGAACAAGUGAUGGCCUUCGAAUUGAACUCGCAAUCUUCGUCCGAGAAUUGGGGAUACAAUCCCAGUUUUAUACCAUGUCAGGACGAUGGGUUCACAAAGUAUCUCGAAAUGCUAGAUUUUUUGUGCCAAACUUCGUCUCUCCUGAGGAAGUUGACCCUCUCAUAGCCUACCUCCCUGAUGCGGAUGUCCCAGAGGCUAUACAAGACAGAUUACAGAGCUUUGAAAAUGCUCUUCCCAGGUCGAUCGGAGCCCCGCUGCUACAGAAGAUGGCCGACUUUGGGCAUGAAGCCGAUGCUGUUUAUCGCGAGAAUUUGGACACCCUUGAUAAUGCUUAUAACAUUGUGGCAUUACCACAGCAGGUACGCCAUGUGAGCUUGCCGAGACUUACCAAGGAAAUUUUAAAGCUUCCACGAAAUACGAACACCGAAAGUAUUGCACCAGCAACGCUAUAUGCAGUAUACCGCACUAUCAUGAACGAAGGCAUGGGAUUUUCUGUGCAAACGGCCGGAAAUACGCGUUCGUGGGGCCUCUUUGAAAUUGUACCAAGAAGGAUAAUCGACAGCAUCAAAAUGGUCACUAGAAUCAUAAGGAGCUGGCAAGUGCACACGGUCACUUCAGCUCGCGACGGUGAAUCAGAAAUUCGCCCCCUAGGCCAAUUCAUGGCUGAAUUCGAAUCAUUUCUCGAAACAGCUCGCCGUGCCAUCGACGUCAGCCGAAAAAGCCGUGCUUCGACUAUGAGCGGCCAGGUUGGCCCUGCUGGCGCGGUUGUUGACCCGGGCGGCCCUGUUAAGUUUAUCGAGCAACAUUUCGACACGUCUGACCUGAAGUACAUUCGGUUCAUGAAGUGUUGGGUUGCCUGGGAUACAUUCUCUCAUAGCUCUCCUAUGAAUGGCAUCGGCUCGGCUAUAUUACGGGCCACAGGGCGAUACGACGUACAGUCUUUGAAUCGGUCAACGGGAUGGCAGUUUUUGCAAGAGAUUGGCAUCAUCGCGCCGUGGGAAACGAAGGCAUCCUUUGAAUUGCGACUGCCAGGGUAUGGGUACUAUAAACAUGCAAUGACCGAGAAACAAAGCGGCAAAGAACCGGAAGAUGGACUGGCAGGAAUGAGAAAGGACUGGAAAGAACAAACGGUUUACUGUAUUGACGAUACAGGGGCUCAUGAAAUCGACGAUGGCGUUUCAAUUGAAGCUUCUGAAACUGAAGGACAGCACUGGGUCCACAUACAUGUGGCUGACCCAGGAUCCGUGUUCGGUCUUGACAGCUACCCAGCGCGAAGAGCAAAGGAAGCCAUACAAACGGUUUACAUGCCUGAUCGAGUUAUCCCAAUGUUGCCGGAUAGCAUUGUCCAGGAGAAGCUCAGUCUGGCUCCGAAUAGGCCAACGCUGACCUUCAGCGCAAAAAUGAACGAGAAAGGAGUGAUGAUCGACCACAAGAUUACUGCGGGCACGAUUCGAAAAGUUGUCUACCUCACACCGGCUACGCUUGCAGAACUACUUGGGAACAAGGUUACUGACCCAAAGGAGGUCCUAGCAGUGGGUGACAGCGAGACUAUAACAAGCUUCAAUGACGGCGUCAUGCACCGUGACAUGGCCUCGUUGGACAGCCUCUCUGCCUCAGACAAAGCGAACCUAAAGCUGCUUGCCUCACUCGGUGACGCACGGCGCAAGUACUCAUUACUCCGUGGCGGCAUUGACCUAAACAACGCCCGCGCCUCUGUUAUUGUCAAGAUCGACAAAGACAUUGAUGUAGACUGCUACAACUCCCCACGCAACUCAACCCACGUCCACAGUGACCCUUUCAUCUCAAUAUCAAUCCCACCCGCCAGCGACGAUGGCCCAUCUAUCUACGGACCGGUAACUAACUUGAUGACACUCGGGGGUGAAAUCGCCGCUGCCUGGUGCUCGGCACGCAACAUCCCCAUCAUCUAUCGAGUCACACAGGCUCACCCUGACAAACCCGACCCAGGCGCCUUUUUCAGGGCAAACGUUCUUCCAUACGUCUUGCGCGGCGAAAGCGUGCCCAAGAAUGUACAGUCAGCGUACGUUAUGGCCCAAGGUCCCGUGCUACCCAGCAGCGUGCCUGGGCCACACGUCGCGCUCGGCGUGGAGAUGUACACGAAGUGCACGAGUCCGCUGCGGCGGUACUCGGAUCUCCUCGCGCACUGGCAGAUUCAGGCUGCUCUAUUGGAGGAAGCAAAAAUAGGGGAGAGCUUGGUUGGGAGCUCACGUGAGGACUACCUCCCCUUUAACAAAGUUAAGGUUGAUGGCCUGAUUCCGAAGAUGGAGGGGAGGGAAAAGGCACUUGGAGCAGCGAGGCGCGGGGCAGAACGCUCAUGGGCACUACAGGCUGUGUUGAGAGGGUGGAAGUUUGGGCAGAGCAAGGGGUGGAGGGAUGAAUGGGAGUUUCGAGUAUUGGGCAUGAUGGGUGGGAUGGUGAACGGAUUUGUUGACGGUUUAGGAUUGAUGGCUAUGAUGGAUAUGCCGGCAGGCAUGGAACCCGACGACAUAGGUGAAGGUGAUGUGUUCACUGCGCGGAUUAAAAAAGUGUCUCCGUACGAGAAGUCGUUGUUGAUGGAGCCAGUAACGCGAGUCAGCACAGCGGGGUCUGUGGAACAAGGCGAGUAGGAAAGUAAAUCAUGGGGGACACGGGAAGGAAUCUUCAAUCAAUAAAUUCAUCAAGGGAC